GUAACAAAUUUAAUGCUACGAUGAAAUAAUUUUUAUAUCGACAUGAUCGCGUAAAUUUUAAAAUUUGAAACUUCGCAUAAAAAUCUCAACAGUAUAUACGGACAAUUUCCUCCUCGCCGAUUUUUAAUAUCUCACAAAGGUCAAAGGUCACCAUUAUUUUUGUGAACAAAUUUGAGGCGUCGAAAAAAAAACUUCGUGGAUAAUUUUUUUUGAACUUUCUAGUAUUUUUUAUCGGAUACGACAUGCAUUUUGAAGAAAAAUGAGCUUUGGUCGGACCGUGUGCGAUUUUUUUGACGCCCACAGGAAUUUUUCGCCAAGAACAGGUUGAAGGCCUAAAAUCGCCACCGCGGCGAAAAUUCGAAAACUGAAAUAUACGUUUGCAUGUCGGGACUGUCAGUAUGCAAACGUAUAUUUCCAAGAAUUAUCGUUUAACCAGUUUUCAACCUGCGACAAAUUGGACAACUUCAUAACAACGAUAUUUAAAAUUUUGGGGUAUUUUCAAGAAUCCAAUGUCCAAGUAAAUAAUUACAAUUUACUUAUUAUCCAAAGACUCAAUUAGACUCGUAUGGCCUAUCCAAUAUUUUUCUCAGGUUCGGUAAUGACGCAAUGUAUGUAUAUGAGUGUAUGUGCGUCAAAUGGAAAACUACAUGCAUAUGUAGAAACUCGUGACAUGUACAAAGAGUUAAUUUAAAGCAUUAACUUUAUUAUGAUCUUCAUUACGUACAUCCGAGCAAGUUAAAAUUACGACAAAUUUAUAGAUAGAACUAGCUUCAGAAAGUUAAAAUUAAUCCAAUUUGCAAUGCAAAUACAUUCGCAAGUUAAAUAAGCAUGCGUCCUGAUCAUUUUGACCUGACAAGUCUUAUAUUCUACUGAAUGGAACUUUUUACUUGUUAUCUGUCCGCUUAAUAUGUACAUAUGUAUGUACAUAUUUAAAUAUGAAGAUAAAUACUCAUUGGUUAAAUAUACACGUAUCAUCUAACGUAAAUAUGGUUCAAUUGUGUGUACAUAAAUGGAUUUACAACCCAAUGCAGCAUACAAUGUGACGAGAUAUUUAUGUAUGUACAUAUGUAUCUGAUGCUUAAAACCAUACCCCUUUUCAGGCAGGAAACAAUAAAUAACGGCCAGUUUUUCAUGUCGGCUACUUUAUUUAGAGACAAAGGCUUAAUCUCCACGUGGGAAAGUCAGUAAAAAAUUGUAGUACUCCAACAUAGAUAUUUUGCAAGUUCACAUAUUCUCUCAAUUUACUUAGUUGGUAAGUAAUUUAAGCAAUAAUUGAUUUAUUUACGUAUGUAACUAAUUUUGGCAUAAAUUUGUUUAACAGCAUAGCCGAAUGGAAUCGCCACGUGGUAAAGGGAACGAUCGCCCAUUUCCAUGCUCCAAGUGCACGGCCUCGUUUAAAAUCAGGGCAAAACUUGUCCGCCACAGCUACACUCACACUGGCGACAGACCAUUCAAAUGCCCAGUUUCCGGAUGUAGUAGGUCAUUCACGGAAAAAUAUGCCUUGCGAAAUCAUGGAGACCGUUACCAUUCAGGAAUCAUAAAAGAAAAAUCGGUUAAGUGUGACCUUUGCGAAUGCGCAUUUUACACCAAGUCCUUGCUAACUGGUCACCUAGCAACUCGACAUUCGUACUGUUCUACUUGUGAUGUUAAUUUGAAGAAUUUUAGUGCACUUACAGCCCAUCAACGAGCACAUGAACAAGGGAGCAGUUUCAUGUGCCACUUAUGCUCGAUUGGGACAUGCUACAAUUUAAAGACCACUGGCGUACACAUGUUGACGUCCCUGGUCACAUCCAGUGUUCCCAAUGUAGCAAGAAAUUUAAAUCCGAGGAAUUACUGAAACGCCACUUGGAUUACACGCACACCUCUCUAGAGGUCCGAGCUCAGUGUAAAUUA